CAUGUUCUACGCUUAAACUAUUAUUAACCAUAAUAUUGCUUAACCACACGACUAAAUUUUUCUUGCAUUAAUAUUUUUUCUACUAAAUUUAUCUUUAUAUAUACUCUUAAACAUUUCAGCUUCUGCGGAAGCAUUAUCAGCACCAUUUCUUUGUUUCCACUCUCUCUCUCUCUCUUCUCUCUCAAAUUCUCCUGAUCAGGAAUCCGGGAGUCUGGUCACCUUACAAGGCAAAACACAAGCCAUGGACAAAAUGAGACUUUCCAUGGUGUUCAUGAUUGGUGCGCUAUUGUUUUUGUGCUCUGCAUCAAAUGCUCAAAAAGUUGCUAGUCCUCCCUCACCCUCAGUGUCCCCAACUCCAGCGCCAGCACCAGCUCCUGCUUAUGUGAACCUCACUGAUUUACUCACUGUAGCCGGUCCAUUCCACACCUUCCUUAACCACCUUGAAUCCACUAAAGUCUUGGAUACCUUCCAAAACCAAGCUAACAAUACUGAACAAGGCAUCACCAUAUUUGUGCCCAAAGAUGAUGCCUUUAAUUCACUUAAGAGCCCUUCCUUAUCCAAUCUCACUAAAGACCAACUUAAGCAACUUUGCCUAUUCCAUGCCUUGCCGCAAUACUACUCUCUGUCUGAUUUCAAGAAUCUUAGCCAAGGGGGCCCUGUUAACACAGAUGCUGGUGGGGGUUACUCCUUGAAUUUCACUGAUGAUUCUGGGACUGUGCUCCUUAAUUCGGGAUGGACCAGAACUAAAGUUAGUAGCAGCGUGUAUUCAACUGACCCUGUUGCCGUGUAUCAAGUUGAUAAGGUCCUUCUACCUGAGGCAAUCUUUGGUACCAACAUACCUCCAGUGCCAGCUCCAGCGCCUGCUCCUGUUACACCGGCUGCUGAUGCGCCAUCUGUCGAUGGCUCUUCUCCAAAAUCUUCACCAGCAAAGUCUUCUGGUGUGGUCAUCAACUGGGGUAUUUGGAGUAAGUUGGUUUUGGCGGUCUGUGGUGGGUUGAUACUGUUUUUGUAAGAGAUGAUUUGAUUUAGUCUUUAAUUUAUGUUACAAUGAUAUAUCUGGAUUUGUUUCA